AUGGCUUUUGUUAAAGUCGUCAAAAACAAGGCUUACUUCAAGCGAUAUCAAGUGAAAUCGAAACGACGUCGACAGGGUAAAACUGAUUUCUACGCACGUCAUGCACUUAUCCAUCAAGAUAAAAACAAAUACAACACACCUAAAUAUCGAUUGAUUGUUCGAUUUACCAACAAAGACAUUAUUUGUCAAAUCGCUUAUGCACGUAUCGAAGGUGAUUACGUCGUCGCAUCAGCUUAUGCUCAUGAAUUACCACGAUAUGGCGUUAAACUUGGUUUAACAAAUUACGCUGCCGCAUACUGUACUGGUCUUUUGUUAGCUCGACGAACAUUACAAAAACACAAACUCGAUGAUAUCUACAAAGGCACAACCGAAAUCACAGGUGAUACAUUCGAAAACGAACCAGUUGAAGGCCAAAAACGACCAUUCCGUUGUUAUCUUGAUGUUGGUCUUGCCCGAACAACCACUGGUGCCAAAGUUUUCGGUGCAUUGAAAGGCGCUGUCGAUGGUGGUCUUGAUAUCCCUCAUAGCACCCGACGCUUUCCAGGAUACAACCAGGACGGUAAAAAAUUCAAUGCUGAUGUUCAUCGUCAACAUAUCUUUGGUUUACAUGUUGCUAACUAUAUGACAUCGCUCAAAGAAGAAAACCCAGAUCUAUACUCGAAACAAUUCUCACGUUUCGUCAAGGCUGGAAUUGAACCAAAAUCCUUCGAAGCUUUAUACAAAGCUGCACAUGCUGCUAUUCGUGCUGAUCCAUCACCCUCACCCAAGAAAGUGAAGAAAGCCGAUGCAGCUAAACCGAAACGUUGGAAUAAAGUUAGACUUGCCCGAUCAUCCCGCAAGAACCGUGUUCAACAACGUAAAACCGCUUUCCUCAAGACAGUUCGUGGUGGCGAUGCUGAAUAA